CCAGUUUCUACUUCUUAUCAUCAUCAAAAUUUAACAAACAAAACAGAUUCUACUCCCAAAAACACCAACGCCCAACGCCCAACAACUAAGAUUUCUAUUCUGACCCAUUUGAUGUUUUAAUCCACUUGAUUCAUCCAAAAAUUCAAAAAUCACAUUCAUAACCCCCACAAAGAAAUGGUGAUUCGAAAACCCACUUGGAAUCUGUGUCUUUUUGGGUUUCUAUUUCUGUGCAUAAGUUAUGCGCCCAAUUCACUGGCCCGGUUCGUGGUGGAGAAGAACAGCUUGAUGGUGACAUCGCCGGAGAAGAUUAAAGGGUCGCAUGACAGUGCGAUUGGGAAUUUCGGGAUUCCACAAUAUGGGGGAAGCAUGGCUGGGACUGUGGUGUAUCCCAAGGAGAACCAGAAGGGUUGUAAAGGGUUUGAUCAGUUCAGGAUUAAGUUUGAAUCCAAGCCUGGUGCUUUGCCCAAUUUUGUUUUGGUCGAUCGUGGAGAUUGCUACUUUGCUUUGAAGGUUUGGAAUGCCCAGGAAGCCGGUGCUUCUGCCGUACUUGUUGCAGAUGAUGUUGAGGAAGCAUUAAUAACCAUGGACACACCUGCAGAGGAUAUUUCAUCCACAACAUAUAUUGAGAAUAUAACUAUACCAUCUGCACUUAUUGAUAAAAGCUUUGGUGAAAAAUUAAAGAAAGCACUCAGUGAUGGAGAAAUGGUAAACGUGAAUCUUGAUUGGAGAGAAGCUGUUCCACACCCUGAUGACCGUGUGGAGUAUGAGUUGUGGACCAACAGCAAUGAUGAAUGUGGAGUUAAAUGUGACAUGUUGAUGGCAUUUAUAAAGGAUUUUAGGGGUCCAGCACAGAUACUUGAGAAAGGUGGCUACACUCUUUUCACACCCCAUUAUAUAACUUGGUAUUGUCCUCAGACAUUCACUUUGAGUAGACAGUGCAAGUCGCAGUGCAUCAAUCAUGGAAGAUACUGUGCUCCUGAUCCUGAGCAAGACUUCAGUUCUGGCUAUGAAGGAAAAGAUGUUGUUCUUGAGAACUUAAGGCAACUAUGUGUGUAUAGAGUGGCAAAUGAGUCCAAGAAGCCCUGGGUGUGGUGGGACUAUGUAACUGAUUUUCAAAUCAGAUGUCCUAUGAAGGAUAAAAAAUAUAAUAAGGAAUGUGCUGAUGGUGUAAUUAAAUCUCUAGGGCUUGAUAGUAAAAAGAUUGAAAAGUGCAUGGGAGACCCAGAGGCAGAUGCUGAUAAUCCUGUUCUGAAAGAAGAGCAAGAUGCCCAGGUUGGUAAAGGAUCAAGGGGUGAUGUAACCAUACUGCCAACCCUUGUUGUCAACAAUCGUCAAUAUCGAGGAAAGUUGGAGAAAGGUGCUGUCUUGAGGGCCAUCUGUGCUGGUUUUGAGGAAACAACUGAACCAGCUGUUUGUUUGAGUGGUGAUGUAGAGACAAAUGAGUGCUUGGAUAAUAAUGGGGGUUGCUGGCAAGAUAAAGAAGCCAACAUCACAGCCUGCAAGGAUACAUUCCGUGGGAGAGUAUGUGAAUGCCCCCUGGUUGAUGGUGUGCAGUUCAAAGGAGAUGGUUACAGCCACUGUGAAGUUAGUGGUCCUGGAAAGUGCAAGAUAAAUAAUGGAGGUUGUUGGCAUGAGUCAAAGGAUGGGCACACCUACUCUGCCUGUUUGGAUUCUGAGGGUGGGAAAUGCCAGUGUCCUCCAGGUUUUAAAGGUGAUGGUGUCAAAAGCUGCAUAGAUAUUGAUGAAUGCAAAGAGAGGAAAGCUUGUCAGUGCCCUGAAUGUAGCUGCAAAAAUACCUGGGGGAGCUACGAAUGCACUUGUAGUGGGGAUCUUCUGUAUAUCAGGGACCAUGAUACCUGCAUAAGUAAGAGGGCUACAGAAGUUAAAUCUGCUUGGACUGCCUUUUGGGUCAUUCUAAUUGGCUUGGCUAUGGCUGCUGGCGGAGCAUAUCUCGUUUAUAAAUAUAGAUUAAGGUCAUACAUGGAUUCUGAGAUCAGAGCCAUAAUGGCACAGUAUAUGCCUCUGGACAGUCAAGCUGAAGUUCAAAACCAUGUGAACGAUGAACACGCGUGAAAAGGAACCAUGAAUCUUUCAAGGAUUCUGACAAUACAGACUGGAUGUGUUUUGAUGUCAUUCUUUGUUACAGUCUAAAAUUAUUUGAAGCAUGGAUAUAAUGUCUAUGUAAUAUAAAUGUUGGAAUUGGACAAUAAUGAAAUGCAGAAUAGAGGUAGUCCUGUUGUUUGUUAGGAUUGUAACAUGUUGAAGAGUUGAAUUAGGAAUUGCAUUUGGGGCAAAGAAAUUAUAAGGGAUUUGGCUGUAACGUUUAAGAAUUUUCCGUUCCCAUCCCUUUAAGAUUAUUAUUUCCCCUAAUUUAUAUGACAACUCUAAAUUCAUUUUAUGCCUUCUAGAUGGGGAUGAGCAUUUUCUCACUGACUAUUUAUUUUUAAUUUUAAAGAGAAAUCACUGUUUUAUUUGUA